AUGGCUUCAUCUAAAGUCUUCUUAGUCGCUUCUCUCCUCGUGGCUCUGAUGUUCUCUUCCAUGAUCGCUUCAAGCUUCGCGAAGAAAACAAUAAAGCCCAAAUUUUUUAGACACCAUCAUUUCCCAAGACCCGGUUUUCCUCAGUUUCCAAGACCCGGAUUUCCAACCAAUCCCAUGCCAUUCCCACAAUUCCCAAAACCCGGUUUUCCUCAGUUUCCCGGGCAAGGUCUUCCAAACAAUCCCAUGCCUUUCCCUCAGUUUCCCCGACCCGGUUUUCCGAGCAAUCCAACACCGGGUUUUCCUCAAUUUCCGGGGCAAGGUUUUCCAAAAUUACCUUCUCCUUUGCCUCAAAUUCCCGUUUCCCCUUCUUUCCCUCCCGCAACGCCUGGAUCGCCCUCCGGAAACGUCUUGCCGCUUCCAUCCAUCACUGCUCCGCCGACUCUCCCCACAACACCGAUUUCCAGCCCUUGAGUUAUCUCCUCCAAACUUAAACUCUAUGUUUCAAGUAUUGUAACCAAACUCUUUGGCAUAUGUGAAGAUUAUCAUCAACACAAGCUAACUGAAUAUAUAUAUAUAUUGGUGGCUAUAUGUGAAGAUUAUCAUCAACAUAAGCUAACUGAAUAUGUA